CCAGGUUUUAAGCUGGGCGCGACACCGUCUCGCCUGCGCCGGGCGCACGCGACGACGUCGGGCUGCGCCGCGGGCCGCUUCCAUCAGUUUCAGCGGCCAGGGGCAGCAGCGAAGCGGUACGGGCAGCCCCCUCUCACAAAAAGCAUGCGGCCCCAGCUCCUCUGGACGGACCCGGGCCUCCCGCCGCGGCGCGAGGACGACGUCAAGGCCACGGUCUACAGCAUGGCCUUCAACCCGUCCGGGACGGAACUGGUGGUCGCUGUAGCUAACCUUGUGUUAGUAUACGCUACUGAAGACGGCGACCUGCGACACAGAUUAAGAGGCCACAAGGACUUGGUGUACACCGUCAGUUAUGGGAGGGAAGGUUCUAAAUUUGCGUCGGGCGGCGCGGACAACACCGUGAUUAUCUGGAACAGCAAAGGAGAAGGAGUGUUAAAAUAUACGCAUAGCGAUAGCAUCCAAGUCGUCGCGCACAACCCCUGCUGCGACCAGCUCGCGUCGUGCACCGAGGGUGAUUUUGGGUUGUGGAGUUCGACGGCCAAGUCCGUGACGAAGCACAAGGUCGGGGCGAAGAUUUUGUCCGCGAGGUGGUCGCACGACGGGCAGUACUUGGCUCUUGGUGCUGACUCGGCGCAGAAAAUGAACUUGAACCUGACGUGGUCGCGGCGAUGGCGUCUUCAUGAGACCGCACCGCCGCGACGCCGUCGACGUGGCCGUCAGAGAGUCCACGCGUCUCGCGAGGGAGACGGUUUCGUGACGGCAUCGUUCCCACACAGGUAUGUACGACGGUCGCAUUAGUAUACGAGACAAGGGUGGCCAGGAGUACAAGCUGAUUGAAAAGAAAGCCCCAGUCUGGUGCCUGGCCUGGAGUCCCGCGAAGGAGGACCCGGGAGACCUCCUGGCCGUCGGGUGCUGGGACCAGACGCUGUCGUUCUACCAGCUGUCCGGGACCCAACAUUUGAAAGAGAGAAAAUUAGGAUGCUAUCCGACCAGUCUCUCCUAUUACCCGAACGGCGAGUAUUUAGUGGUCGGUGGCAGUGACAAGAAAACAACUUUGUGUACGAGGGAAGCCGUGCGACUCAAAGACGUUUGUCGUAUAGACGAGUGGGUCUGGUCCACCGCUGUGAGGCCUCGCCAACCUGCUAUAGCGGUUGGGUCCUACGGCGGCUCCAUCCAGCUCUGGGAUGUCGUAAUUGAACCUAUAUACGCAUUAGAUGGCGACCGGUUCGCGGUCCGGGAACACCUGACGGACGUGGUCGUCCACCACAUGCACGCCGAGAAGCGCGUGCGUAUUAAGAGUAGGGACUACGUGCGGAAGGUGGCGAUCUAUCGGGAUCGGCUGGCCAUCCAACUGCCGGAUCGAAUUAAUGUGUACGAACUUCAUAAGAGGGAUGACAACAGUAUUGAUAUGCACUAUCGCUUGCGGAAAGAAAGGUUGAGGGUCGACGGUUCUCGUACGAAUCAUUUGGGGGUGACGUCGCAACAUGUGUUGGUAGCUUCUGGUGCGAAGUUAACUCUACACGGCUUCUCGAAGUUGAAGGAGCGAGAAUGGAUCCUCGACGCUGAUAUCACGUGUCUGAGAGUAGAUGGCGGUCCACCAAGCAAGGAGGGCGUACUGAUAGGUUGUAGUGAUGGUUCCAUUCUGAAAAUUUACGUGAACAACGCGUUUCCGGUCGACGUCUGGAGAGGUGCGAUCUCGGCGUCCCGCGGUGCUUCGGUGCCUUCACGCCGUCGACGCGACUCGUAUCCAUCUCACCAUGAAGUGGGUGGUUUCUUUGUCGAGUUUGAGGCCGUUCGGUCGGCGUCGAGCGACCGCGACGCUCCGCGCAGGUGAAGCCGCGGUCAAGUUACUAGAUCGGACGGGUGAUAGGAGGAAGCUGGCCGUCGUGAAUCAAGAGAACGAGCUCAAAGUGGUCGACACUCGUAGUAAAGAACUCGUGUUCUCGGUGCCGACUCGGCGUCCGUUUUUGAUGAAUGAACUUCAACUUUGGGACGAGGGCGUCGCCACGACGUCACGCCACCUCCACACAAUCGACGCGGCCGUGCGAGCGUCUACACAGCCAUCUGUCGUUCGACACAGGCGGAGGGCGUCUCGGCGUGUCGCUUCAACGCCCAGUUCGACGACACGCUGUGCUACUCGCGGAACGACCGCGAUGAAUUAUUAGUGAAGACGGGCGACCACGACGCCAAGGUCCACAAAGUUUCAGGGUCAGUCGUCGGAUUCGUCGGGGCUAAAUUAUUUGUGGCGAGGGACCUCAAAAUCGAGUCGCUGGACCUGCCCCAGUCCGAUCAUCUGAAACAGUUCAUCUCCAAGAAUGAACAUUCUAGAGGGUUGAGUUGCGCGCGCCUCGGCGUGACGGCGACGGAUUGGAGAAGCUUAGCCGACUCCGCAGCAAACGCGUUAGAUUUGACCACAGCACAAACGGCGUAUGCGAAGGUCCACGACCUGCGACGGAUCGAGUUACUGACGUCGAUGGAGCGGCGGAUGCCGGUCGCGAAACCGAAGAAGAUCUCCAAGAGGAAGAAAGCGGAACCGGAGGGUUCGAUCGCCGCGUUUUGAGGCGUUGAGGUGUCUUCCACUUCACUCGUUUCCAGGAAUGAUGGCCGGGGGUGGUUUCUUUGUCGAAUUUGAUGCUCCGCGCAGGUCUACCGGAAGAAGUCGAGAAACUAGCGCCCAUCUUCCGCGCCGAGCUCCAGGCCUACCAGGGCAAGUACCAGGACGCGGCCAGAGCGUUUGCGAAGGCCGGCGAGCCGCAGAAGGCCAUCGACCUAUUCGCGGACUUGCGGCAAUGGGACGAGGCCAAGGCCUUUGCCGCUGCGUCGAAGAACGUCGACGCGACCGAAUUAACCAGGAAGCAGGCGGAAUGGGCGGAAGAGACGUCGGACUGGUCCGCCGCCGCGGAUCUGCAGGUGUCUGCCGGGAAUGCGCUGCAGGCCGUUCGGUUCUUACCUGUGUGCUGAAUCAUCGCGUCGACCUCCACGCCAUCGACGCGACGCCUGCUCGAUGGCGUGGCGAUGCCGGUUCCUCGCCGCUCGACGGUGCACGCGACUCACUGGUUGAUUUGCGCACAGGCUAUUACACGAACACAAGCCGGACGGCUGGAUCGAGAAACUUUCUCUCAUAGUACGGCAGGUGACGGCGGAGGAUGUGCUGCGGCAGUGCGCGCGCGCGUUUUUGGCGAACGGCGACGAUCCGUGUGGAAAUCGUCGCGUCGACCUCCACGCCAUCGACGCGUCGCCGGACGCGAGUCUCAACUGUGGGGAAGUAGUGCUGCGAGACGCUCCCUAUCAGUGGAUGAGCGCCUCAGGUCGUCGCCGUGGGCAGCGCGAGGCGUCGCGAGAGAGCUUGUCACUGCUCGAUGGCGUGGCGAUGCACCCGACACACUGGUCGAUGUCCCCGCAGGCGACGACGAGCGGGCCAAAGAGGUCUACGUGAAGCUUGAUGAUGUUGAAUCUUUACUAGGCUUAUAUGUCCGAAAGCAGGACUGGGAGGCGGCCCUCAAAUUAGCGGAGGACCCGAGCGGGACCUUCAGCGAAGAAACUCGAGCGAAAUUUGAUGAAGCCCUAUAUCUGCCCUACGCCGAGUGGCUCGCCGUCCACGACAGAUUUGACGAAGCGCUGGAAGCUUAUAGGAAGUCGGGGCGCGAAGACCGCGCGGCGCGGAUGGUGCAAGAGCUCACGUUUAACGCCGUCGUGGAAUCGCGCUUCAAGGACGCGUCCUACUACUACUGGUUGCUGGCGUCCGAGACGUUACGCGUCGCAGCUAAAAAAGAUAACUUACAGAAAGUUAUGUCUACGUACACCGAGCAGUUGCAUAGGGCCGACUUGUACUACGCCUACGCUCAUGUCGAAGAUUUUUUCUUACCUUAUACGCCGUUGCGGCCGGAAGUGCUCUUUCAAUGCGCUCGCUUCUUAAUUAAUGGCUUGGGUGGGAAAGAAGCCCCAUUUGGUAUCUCGCGGGCGAAAAUACUGUAUACUCUAGCCAAACAAGCGAAGACCUGCGGCGCCUUUAAAUUAGCGAGAUAUGCUUAUGAUAAAUUAUUAAGGAUGAAAUUACCGGAUGCGUGGCGGGAUGAAGUGGAUGUGGAGGCGUUGACGAUCCAUGCGGCGCCUUUAAGGGAUAAGAGCGACUUGCUGCCGGUCUGCUACCGCUGCGGCGCCUCCAAUGCACUAUUGAACCCUGCUUCAUCGCAUAGCCAAGGGUCGAGCGUGCACCGCGACGUCUGCACGUCGUGCGGCCACCCGUUCGUCCGGAGCUUUCUGAACUUUGAAGUGCUGCCGCUCAUCGAGUUCGUGCCGGAGGCGUCGAUCUCGGACGAGGAGGCUUUGGAUUUGAUCAAGGAGUUCCCGGAGGACAAGAAUUCGGGUGAAGGGAAGGAAGCUGACGUCGUGUUCGACGACGACGACGACGAGGACCGCUUCACGCGGGCGAUCAACGACACGCUCCAGGCGCAAGCCGGCGCCGACGAGUACAAGCCCGUGACCGUCGACGCCGAAACAUUAAGAUCGCUCUACCGCGCCGAGGUCUUCUGCUGCAAGCCGCGCCAACAAGGUUUGAGAGCGACGUACUACAAGAGCGCCAUCCCCGACGUGCACAUGGCCCUCUCGCAGUCGUGCCACCGCUUCUUCCACGAGGACGACUUCGAGUACGCCGUCCUCAAGGAGGGGCGGUGCCCGUACUCGCGGGCGAAGGACGUCGGGGACUUCGGGACCGUGUAACUUAGGGGGGUACUAGUCGU